AUGACAGAUUCGGAUCCAAACGGUUUGAAGGGCUCGAUUCAUACAAAUUCUGUGACUCCUCAGAGUGGUAUCAUAGCCAAUUCAUCGCCCGAUACUACUUCUUCAGGAACGAAGCAAAUAGAAAGUAGUGCAAAGUUAUUGGAGGAACCACAAAUAAGGAAGAUUUUGAUAUCAGAUUCCAGUUUUGAGAUAUUACUUUAUAGACUGAAGCAGAGUAUCAAAUCAUGUGAUGAGUUUGCCAACUUUAUCAAAAGAAAGCAUAGUUAUGAGGAAAGUUAUGCAAGGGAUCUCAGAAAGACUGCCUCGACUUGCAAAAGCAGCAUUCGAUCCAACUGUGUUUUUGUGAAAGAUUCAUUUAUAGAUAGUUUGAGAAAUGUGAUCAACUAUGAUGAAAGAAUGGUUGCAGAUGUGCGAAGGCCCUAUAUUAAGGCUCUCGAAACGAUGUAUGAUGAGCUUAGUUCAUUAGGAAAUACAUUUGCGCGUUUAAGAAAGCAGCUAAAAGAAGAAGGAAGUAGAAAAGAAAAAGAAGUUAUGGAUGCAAUUUCACAAGCUGAAAAAUCUAGAAACAAGUAUCAAUCGGUGUGCGCCGAUUUGGAAAAACUCCGUAAUUCGGAUCAGUCGCAAAAGAAAAUAACACUUCAGGGCAGGAAGACGGGCCCUCAGCAGGAAGAAGAAUUGAAUAGAAAACUGCACAGUGCGGAUGCAGAUUACAACAAAAAGGCAUAUUAUUCCCAGAAGUGUAAAAACGAGCUUAUAGAAACUGUCAGACCGCGUAUAGCAAAUCAUCUGAAGGAAUUGAUAUUGGAGUUGGAUCAUGCUUUGCAAAUGCAACUUUCUAAAUAUGCUGUUUUUUGUGAAUCAUUAGUCAUCGGAAUGGGGAAUCAAAUCACACCAUUAGGUCAUAACCAUACUGCUAUGCAAGAAGCGGUUUCCUCGAUCGAUGUCGAACGCUCAUUGUACAACUAUAUUAUAAAUAGCAAGGUCGAGCAUAAAGGUUCUUUUACACCUGUGGAAUAUAAACGUCAUGCGGUAUUCGGAAACCUUACGGCAGAUGGAAGUUUUGCGAGGGUUGGUAAUACACCUUCGAGCAGAAUUGUUUCAGGAAAUUCCCAUAUUUCUGAUCCGUCUCCUGCAAAUACAAGUCAAAUAUCUAAAUCAUUUAUACCACAUAGCACUUCACCUUACCGCUAUGGAAAUGAUAAAGAGGUAUCUACUUCAUCCGGAAUUAAAAAUACAAUUGGUCUUAAUGGUCCGCGUCCGCUUUCUGAGUCGUCCAUUUCACAAUCGAACUCUGGCAAUCUGGUCCAGAGUCAGCGGCUUUCUAAUCCAUCUGUUGACCAAAAUGGAGAAGAAAUUCAAGUGGAACCCAAGAUCCCAAAUUUGGGGCCCAAUGCGAAUAACGAGCAAGGAAAACUAUUUGGUAUUUCUAUUGAUAAAGUACCACAUGAUGAUGAGAUGGUCCCAUUGUUUGUUAAAAAGAGCAUACAUAUACUUGAUAAAUAUGGCGUUAAUACCGAAGGUAUUUACCGAUCCAGUCCUAAUAAGAUUCAUAUGGAGCAACUGAAAGAAAUUGUUGAUAGAGACCCAGAAGAUUUAUCUGUUUUAGAUCCUCCCAAUCCUGAAAGCAUUACGAAUGACUAUAUAUGUGUUAUAGCAUCCUUACUAAAGAAAUUUUUCGCUAUGCUUCCGGAGCCCCUUUUAACGUUUGAACAAACCGAAAAUUUUCUCAAAGCUGGACAGAUUGAGGAUAUAAAGACAAUGCAUCUUCAGCUUCAUAGGAUUGUUUUUGAACUUCCAGACGCUGACUAUUUUACACUCAGAGAUUUGCUUUUUCAUUUCAUUCACAUCAGUCAAAUUCCGAGGGUCAGAAUGAGUGUAAGAAAUUUGGCAAUUGUCUGGUCUAAUAAUUUAUUUACACAGAAUUCAGAUUCAGGACCCGAACAGCUGCAUCUGAAGCAAAGAGUUAUCGAAGAAUUGAUACAUGCUGCACCUGAUAUUUUUAAUCCUAUUGAGAAUAACGAGGGCUAG